UCAAUGGCUGGAUAUGGCGAACAGAGUUACAAGCGCGUCGUCGAGGGCUAGGGUUUUGGAUGCGCGGGAGCUCCGGAGCGUGCUUCUGGCGCCAGAUUCAGGGGCGCUGCCUCGUGCUCGUCGCUGGCGACGAAUGUAAGUAGCUGAAUCCUCGUCGGCAGCGCAGGGAAGCUAGAUCUGGCUCUCCAAUUUGUCUCUCCGGGUUCUUCUCGCGGAAUCUAGGACAGGGCCAGCUGCGAGCUCGCCGCGCGCCGAAAAUGCGCUUGGGGCACAGGUGAUUUGGAAGGAAAGAAGUGUCGAGCUCCUGCAAUGUCGGACUUCAAUGUGAUCCUCCUGAUCAUAGUCAUCGUCGUGACGGUUCUAGUUUUCCUCUUCAACACCUAUCUUCUAGUGAAUUACCAGCACCCGGAUGAUCACAAUCAGGCGUACUUCCCAAAGGCGGUAGUGGUUUUCGGUUUGUCCGUAGCACAGCUCUCGAUUUUGAUGCUUCCGGCGGACGUCGCAAACCGGCAUGCUUGUCAGCGUGCCUUGUACAAUGGGGCGUGUGAUCUUACGCUUCCCAUGAAGGACCUCUGGUAUGCCGUCUACAUCAUCGACGCUGUGCUCGUCUUCUUGGUAAUUCCUUUUACGAUGUUCUACUACGAAGGUGACCAAGAGAAGAGUGUAGCACGAAGAGCAGUAGGCGCACUUAUGUGGGUGAUCGUGAUCGCCAUUGUCGUCGGGCUCGUUCUUGGGAUCUUAUAUGGACUCAUUGGAAAGGUUGAUUUCACUGUGCGGCAUUUGUCCUCCACUACCAUCGGUUUCACUACCGAUUAUUCUCAAUUGACUUCUCGGAGUCCUUGCCUUGUUCCCACUAAUUCUCCGAACGCUGUCAGGAGCAUUCAGUGUUCGGCGUAUAAUGCCGGCUAUGGAGCGGAAGCUACCUGGUCAAUGCGAACGACUUUCCCACAGUACCUGAUUGCUUUGACAACAAUAGUUGGAUCGGUUUUGUUUACCAUUUUUGGAGGUGUUGGAAUCGCCUGUUUGCCACUGAGCUUGAUAUUCGCUUUUUUCAAGCGUCCAACGGCAGUAAUCACAAGGUCGCAAUAUAUAAAGGAGGCAACUAUUCUAGGAAAGCGUGCAAGGGAGCUCAAAGAAACGACACUGGCCCUUCAACGCGAAGAAAGAAGCUCGGGAAAGGGGAGAAAGUGGAGAAAGGAAAUGAAGAAAGUCCAGCAAGAAUUGCUGUACCUGGAAGAGGACGUGCAACGCCUUGAAGAAGCUUAUCCGCAGGGGGAAAAGGCUGAUACGACUUGGGCGUUAACAGUGCUGGGCUAUCUUUCCAAACUUCUACUUGGCCUUGUUGGCCUUGUCGUUUCAGGAGCAUGGGUGGCACAUAUAAUUGUCUACAUGCUCAUCAAACCGCCUUUCUCUUCAUUCUUAAAUCAAGUUUUCAUCAAGCUUGAUGACGUUUGGGGACUACUUGGCACAGUGGCGUUUGCGUUUUUCUGCCUUUAUUUGAUUCUGGCAGUCAUAUCUGGUGAAAUGCACCUUGGCCUAAACUUUGGUUUGAUAGCAAUUCACCCGAUGAAGUAUGGCGGGACGCUGAUGAACUCGUUCCUUUUCAACGUGGGCCUUAUUCUUCUCUGCUCUGUCAGUGUGAUCCAGUUCUGCUCUAAAGCAUUUGCAUUGUAUGCGCGUGCAACCACAGCUCAAGAAAUAUUUGGUCUUACACUUGAGUCCCUUCGUGGAAUCAAGUACUUGUUUAGGUACAACGUCUUUCAAAUUGCUUUCUGUGUAUUAUCGGUGGUGACUUUGGUUUAUUACCUGGCAUUUGGAUGGAGAAGGAAGAAGAGAACAGCCGCUGGAGUAUAACUCUUCUUCACAAGUUCCAUCAGGCUUGCUUGCAUUCUUUUGAUUCUCCUUCCAUAUUUUUUCCUAGGUAGCUUGUGGAAUGGCCUCGUAUAUGUGUGGAUGAUGGUAGUGAAAGUAAUGAAGCAGUUAGUAAUUAUACCGUAAUAAAAUGUUAAAGAAAAUGUUUGGAACAAA